CCCUUCGGCUUUGAAUGGAUUAUUAAUAUGAUGAUAAUAUAAUAAGUUGGCAUGUCCUUUCUUGGAAGAAAAACACUCAUCAGAUCACAAAAUCUCUGCUCCGUCUGUGUCUGUCUGUCUGUCUGUCUGUCUCUCCCCCCGCCAAGUGAUUACCCCUUUUUUUUGCUUCAGAGCAUCACAAUUAAGGAGAGGACAGUAGCGAGCCCAGCGAAACUUCUGCUCCACUUCUCUCUCUGCUUCUCUCUCUCUCUAUCCUUCUGCUGUGUCUGCGUCUGUCUGUGAGAGCUGAAGUGAUCUUCCUUCUUCGUCUCUCGAUCUCCCUCCCAGUGGCGGUCCCUCCCUCCCUCCCUCCGAUAUUUUAAUAUGGAAAAACGAACAAAUUAAGGAAAAAAAAAAGUAAAAAGGAAAACAAAAUAAUUAAGGAUGAAAGGAGGAGGAGGAGGAGGAGGAGGAGGGAUGAGGUCGUCGUCUUCUGAUCUCGGCCCACUCUGUCUCUGGCCGAAGCUAAACAAACACAACACUCACAUCCUCCUGAAAUUCGGGGUCUCAUUCCUCCUGGUGGGUCUUGCUUUUCGCCUCCUUCUCUCUUCUUCUGAUCCCAUCACAUUUCUUCCUCCCUCCUUUUCCUCAUCAUCAUCCUCAUCAGACGCGGUAGUGGCUGUGGCUGUGUCAACAAACCCUCAUCCUGUUCCUCCUGUCCUCGAAUCAACAACAGCCUCCUCCUCCUUCUCCUCUUACUCUCCUCCUCCUCCCCUGCCCAUCAUUGAUGAUCACGAUCAAGAUCAUGCUAAUGCUACUGCUGGUGGUGGUGGUGGUGGGAAUACUAUUUCAUCUAAUGCCACAACACCGCCUGCAAAUGGAACCCAAGCUACUGCUUCUUCGCCUCCUCCUCCUUCUAGCAAUGUUUCCGCAGAACAAGUGGGGGCGGCACCAAAGUGUGAUAUCUUCAGAGGGGAUUGGGUUCCUGAUGGAUUAGGUCCUGUUUACACGAACAAGAGUUGCCCCGAGAUCGAAGCCCACCAGAACUGCAUGAGGAACGGUCGCCCGGAUUCAGGAUACCUUCACUGGAGGUGGAGUCCCCAGGACUGCGAGUUGCCGAGGUUCGAUCCCAGGAUAUUCCUCGAUAUGAUGAGGGAUAAGUCAUGGGCUUUCAUCGGGGAUUCCAUUUCGCGUAACCACGUCCAGUCAUUGCUUUGCAUCCUCUAUCAGGUGGAAGAAGCUGUUGAGGUCUACCACGAUGAGGCAUACAGAUCCAAGAGGUGGCAUUUUGCCACUCACAACUUCACUCUCUCGGUCAUAUGGACUCCCUUCCUCAUCGAGGCCGACGUUUUCGAAGAUAGCAACGGAGUUUCCUCGUCAGAAAUACAGCUCCAUCUAGACAAGCUCGAUGUGCUAUGGAUGGAACAAUAUAAGAGCUUCGACUAUGCAGUCAUUGCAGGUGGGAAGUGGUUUCUCAAAACUGCCAUCUACCAUGAGAAUGGAACAGUUUUGGGCUGCCAUUACUGCCCCGGCAGGAACUUGACUGAACUAGGCUUUGACUAUGCAUACAGAAAAGCUCUAAGGUUGAUAUUUAACUUUGUCACCGAAUCCCAACACCGAGCAAUGGUUAUCUUUAGAACCAUCACGCCUGAUCACUUUGAGAACGGGCAAUGGUUCAGCGGUGGGACGUGCAACAGAACGGUCCCAUUCAAGGAAGGCGAGAUUGAGAUGAAUGAUGUCGAUAGAAUCAUGAGAAACAUCGAGUUGGAAGAGUUCGACAGGGGCAGAGGCACAGGGUCCAAGAAUGGAGUGGUUCUGAAACUUUUGGAUACGACGAGGCUAGCUUUGCUGAGGCCCGAUGGGCAUCCUGGGCCUUACAGGCAAUUUCAACCUUCGGCAAAGGACAAGAACACCCCAGUUCAGAAUGAUUGUCUGCACUGGUGCUUACCCGGACCCAUCGAUUCGUGGAAUGAUUUGAUGAUGCAAAUGUUGGCAGCCGCAUGACAAGAGACAGAAUGGUCAUGGAGAUUCAAUCCAAGUGAUCGGUGGAGUCCCAGUAAUCUGACUCUUCGUUUCCUUUUUCCUUUCCCCACUUUUUGGCACGGAGUGGGAUGGUUUCCAAUCUCAAUAUCCUCUCAUUAAGUGGAAAAAAAAAAAUGCUUCCUUCCAUCUCCUGCCAUUCGAAAUCUGUAACGUUGUAAUGUAAAGCUUCAAUCCAAUUGUACAACUCUUACAUUCUUCCU